AUGAAGCACCUAGUCCUUCUACUAUCAUCAUGUUAUUUGGCAAGUUGCAUCCCACCCCCGCACCCCGCGGUGGUGCAGGUGCGACAUGAAGAGGAGCAGCUUCCCGGACAUUUGAGGAGCCCAGCGUUACACAACCCACAUCUCCGCGAAGUGCUACCAUUGGCCAGUUUGCUUCACCACGGCGAGAAACUGGUCCACCACAGAGAAGCAGACGAUGUUGGCCGACACCAGAUCUACAACGUGCUGACUCACGCCGGCCUCAUCCCCCGGCGGCGGCACUUCCCCCAGCCCCCGACACAGCAUUACGCCCCGACGCAUCCUCACCAAAACUUCUUCGAACCACCAGCCUUCACCAAUCCAGAUAUUUUACAGCAUUUGUAA